UACGCGACGUAGUCCUACGCCAAAAUCGUCAGGUGGGUGCGUUCACAGAUGUUUGUGUUUACGUGCGAUUAAUCGCACUCGCACAUUGUGCACAGUGUUUUCACGAAGGGGUUGCAGUUUGCAGUGCUCUGCUUCUGCAUUUCAACUCGCUCGCUCGAUCAUCCUCCCACACGAAUCGGUUAUCCACUUAUCUGCAGCAAACUGAUCCAACAUGACGACGUUGGAAACUACCUCACAUUCUGCCGCGGACUAUGUGUACUGGUCUUCGUUGAUUUCCGGUGGAGUCGCCGGGUUGGUGGUGGACGUCGUUCUCUUCCCAAUAGACACGAUCAAAACGCGACUUCAGAGCGAACGCGGCUUCAUCAGGUCCGGUGGCUUCCGCGGUAUCUACAAGGGAUUGGCACCGGCAGCUGCCGGAAGCGCCCCAACAGCCGCCCUGUUCUUCUGCACAUACGAUGGACUCAAGUCGCACCUGGGUGCCCUGGCCACCAAAUCACAGCAACCCUACGUGCACAUGGCAUCGGCGGCAUGUGCGGAAAUAGUGGCCUGUUUGAUUCGUGUUCCGGUGGAGAUUGCAAAACAACGGAGGCAGGCCCUGUCCAUCAAGUACAAUACGUCCUCGGUGCAAAUCCUCUACCAAGCACUUAAAACGGAAGGAAUACGACGAGGGCUGUACCGUGGCUUCGGUACCACCAUUAUGCGAGAAGUUCCGUUCUCAUUCAUUCAGUUUCCUCUGUGGGAGUAUUUGAAGCUCAACUGGACUUCGGUAACGGGAACGGCACUGACACCGGUUUCGGUUGCAGUCUGUGGUGCAAUUGCCGGUGGUAUUGCAGCCGGGCUCACAACUCCACUGGACGUGGUGAAGACCAGAAUUAUGUUGGCCGACCGGACGGAAGCGAGUAAAACCAGCGCAUUUAGGAUCCUACGAGGAAUUUAUCGAGAGCGAGGAAUUCGAGGAAUCUUCGCCGGAUUUGUACCGCGGGUGCUGUGGAUAACACUGGGAGGAGCCAUAUUCUUCGGAUUCUACGACCUCACAUCACGGAUACUGAGUUCGGAUGACAACAAAUAAGUUGGACGCAAACGUGAUUUACAUGUGUAACUGUUUUUGAACUUAGUCAAAGCACAGCUUAUUUUUUUACUAUAAUAAUAGUAUGGUAGAUUCCAAAGAGACAAAUUGGUAACAAUAAACAAUAAUAAGAAAAAAGCA